AUGGGCGAGAUCGACAACGUCGACGCAAAGUACGAUGCGCAGCACGUCGAGGUAGUGCCCACCAAGUCGGUGGGACACCACCACCUCAUUGACGAAAACCUUGUUCGCGCUGAGAACGAGGACAAGGUCACGGGCUACUUUGUAUUCCUCAUCUCCAUCGCUGCCGUCGCAGGAUUCUUGUUCGGCUACGACACGGCGGUCAUUGGCUCUGCGCUGCCCAUGGUUCACGAGGACCUGGGCCACGCACUCUCUGCCUCGGAGCAGGAGAUUAUCACUGCUGGCACGACUAUUGGAGCCAUUUUCGGCGCACUUAUCCUCGGUGGCUCGGCAGACCGGCUCGGUCGCAAGUGGGCCAUGGCAAUCGCCGACAUUUUCUUCACCAUUGGCGCCAUCAUCAUCGCAUGCUCCUACUCUGUGGCCCAAAUGGUCGUCGGGCGCCUUGUUCUGGGUGUCGGUGUCGGUGGCGCUGCUGUCAUUGCCCCCCUCUACAUUGCAGAGCUCGCUCCUACAGCUGUGCGUGGACGCUGCAUUGGAACCAACGCCUUCUUCAUUCCAUUCGGCCAGACCAUCGCCAACGCCUUUGGUGCCAUUUUCCAGGCAUACGUCCCGCCCCACAUUGCCUGGCGUACACUGUUCGCGCUCGGUGUGCUCCCUUCCCUCAUCCAGCUCGGCCUCAUGCACUGGCUUCCAGAGUCGCCCAGGGUGCUUGUGCUCCGCGGCCAGUCGGACAAAGCCAGAGAGACCCUCCGUGUCAUCUACCGCGGCGCCUCAGAGGAGGUCAUUGCGUUCAAGCUCCAGAUCGUCGAGCAGUACGUUGCCGCCACAACAGAGCUCCAGCGCGACUUCACUUUUACCCAGCGCGUCAAAAUGUACUGGACCAACAAGGCCUACCGCCGCGCCAUCAUCGCAGUGUCUGGCGUGCAAGCGUUCGGACAGCUCACUGGUUACAACACCCUCCUUUACUACAGCGGCACGAUCUUUGGCCUUUUGGGUCUCAAGAACAGCGCCGCUGCCGGUCUCAUCCCAUCUGGAGGAAACGCGCUCUUCCUCUUGAUCGGAAUGUCGAUUGUCGACAAAUUCGGACGUCGUCGCCUGCUCCUCACUUUUAUUCCGGGCCAAGCAGUUGGUCUCGUGUGGGCCCUCAUUUCGUUCCAUUUCCUCACAAAGUCGACAAACGGCGCGCUCGUAGAGGGAUACGAGUACCCCAAAGCACUCACCGGAUCCGUUCUCGGCGCCAUCAUUCUCUUUGUCAUGUGCUUUGGCCUGACGUACUCGCACAUUGUGUGGUACCAGUCCGAGUUCCUGGCCCUUGAGAUCCGUGCAGCUGGCUCAGCUAUCGCCACCACUGCGUGCUGGCUGGCCAACCUCGUCGUCUCGGUCUCGUUCCUCUCCGAGCUCGACACCCUCGGCGCGAGCGGCACGUACGGGCUGUACCUGGGCUUUGUUGUCCUCGGCUUCUUCUUCGUCCUCUUCUGCUACCCCGAGACCAAGGGCCUGUCCAUCGACGAGACCAGCCUCCUCUUCACGGACGGCUUUGGCAUCAAGAAAUCGGAGGAGAUGCGCAGGGAGAAGCGCGAGAUUGCCGACGACAUCCGUCGCAUGUCUGUUGGAGUUUAA